AUGCUUAGUCGCGCCGUUCUGCCUCUGACGAGGCCAAACGUCCUCGCCUCUGCUGUCCGGGCAUCGGCCCUGUCGCGCUCCUUCCCAUAUGCCGCCUACAAGCUUUCCCCAGGUAUCCAGCAACGGGCAAAGUCAUCAAAAGGAAAGAACUUUAGGGCUCCGCAGCCCAAGGAGUUCGCUGCUGAGCAGCCUGAGUUUGACACAAAGGCAGAGCCCAAGACCGCCGAAUCAUCGGAAGCUCCCGAAGCCGAACAAACACCGCAGAAGCCUCUCCCCGAUCUCACACAAGGUAUCCCAUCGACCCUGGCCGCCGAACUCGAAGGUCGCAUGAAGAAGGGCCCAUUGAACCUCACAGAGGACCCUACCCAGUCAGAAGAGUACAGUGAGGAAGGCAAAGGUGGUGGUGAUAUCCCCAAGGGCGGCUAUGAGACAUCCCUCGACCGCCGCAAGGCCCGCAUGGCCAACAUAAUGUACGCAGCGAUGCUGCUUGCCGGUGUCGCCGGUGUGGGCUACCUGGGCCGUAACUGGGAGACCGAAGAUGAGGAGCGCGUUCACCCCGAAACCCCAUCAGGAUGGGGUCUGGGUCUCUGGUACAGCCGUGUCAAGGCUCGCAUGAGCGAUCUCACCAGCUACUACAAGGACCCUGCUUUCCCCAAGCUUCUUCCCGAUGAGGACGCCGAAAUGCGUCAGCCCUACACCUUGGUGCUCAGUUUGGAGGAUCUCCUGGUUCACAGCGAGUGGAGUCGUGAGCAUGGAUGGCGUGUUGCCAAGCGCCCUGGCGUCGAUUACUUCCUUCGUUACCUGAACCAGUACUACGAGCUCGUCCUUUUCACCAGUGUACCCAGCAUGAUGGCCGACCAGGUCCUCCGCAAGCUCGACCCUUACCGUAUCAUUCGCUGGCCCUUGUUCCGCGAGGCUACCCGUUACAAGGAUGGUGAAUAUAUUAAGGAUCUUGCCUACCUCAACCGUGACCUUUCCAAGGUGAUUCUCCUCGACACAAAGGAGGAGCACGCCCGCUACCAACCUGAGAACGCUAUCGUCAUGGAUAAGUGGACCGGUGACCCGAAGGACAAGGAGCUGGUCGCCUUGAUCCCCUUCCUGGAGUACCUAGCCGGCAUGGGUGUUGAGGACGUCCGUACUGUGCUGAAGUCAUUCGACGGCAGCGCCAUCCCGGUUGAGUUUGCCAAGCGCGAGAAGGCCAUGCGCGAGCGCUUCGAGAAGGAGCUCGCAGAAGAGCAAAAGAAGAAGCCCAACCGUGGCCUCGCCAACUUCGCCUCUGCACUUGGCCUGAAGUCCGCCCGCACCCUGGACGGCGAGACAACCCCCUCGGAGGGUCUGGCUCAGGGUAAGAUGCUCUGGGAUCAGAUCCGCGAGCGUGGCCAGAAGAACUACGAGAUGGUCGAGGCUGAGAUUCGUAUGAACGGUGAGAAGUGGCUGGCGGAGAUGGCCGCUGAAGAGGAGAAGGCCCGUCAGGAGCAGAUGCAGAGCAUGAAGGGCUCUUUCACUGGCAUGUUCGGUUCUGGCUCUAAGGAGCAGUAA